AUGGAUAUGGACGGAGUUCCCAUCCCACCACGCAAACAACGCGAAGCCGAGCUUAAGCAAAUGGCUGCUAGACGAUCCAACAAGAAACGGAACAAAACGUUCGAUCGCCCUCCUGAUCCCAUAGCCUCUUCUCCUAAUUUCAAGCGCAUCCCCUCUACUCCCAAGAAAACACAUCGUGACAAUGAUUCCAAGGACGACAACUUAAUGACUCCCCCUCAUGCUCGAUCACCUCACACUAUCACCACUGUCCCAGUUGUCAUCGUACCUUCUGUCACCCCAGCUCCAGUUCGGGCUCAGACUCCUCAACUAGUCAACCUAGGUCCAUUUCAAUCUCCGCCAGUAGCCAAUUCUCCUAGCCCUAAACGUAACCGACUCAACAGCUCGCUUCCAGACCCUUCUAAGCUCAAAAUCAAUCAUAACCGAUCAAAACACUACGCCAAUGACCCCAUUUUAGAUAUUUCACCCCCUGCCAAUUCUAAUACACCUGCAGCUCGUACUAACGACAAAUCGCACCAACCUCCAGUUUUACCACCUCCGAUUGAAGUUGGUCCCAAAUUUAUCUUUAGCACUCCUUUGUCAGUUGAUGGAUACAAAAAUUUGCUUGGUCCUAAGGUAAUUCUCAACAAAGAACCUGUGUACCCUUCCGACGAAAUCGAAUCUUGCAUUUCUUCCAUGUAUUCCGAGGUCUUCAAACACUUUAAAGGUCAUGUUGCCGUUAAUGAGGAAGAAAUCGAUGACCGCGCUAAGACUCUCAGGAAACUCCACUUCAUAGGUCAAAAAGGGUUGGAAAAACGAAGUUCUCCAAGCAUCGUUCCUGCAUUAGAAAUGAACGAUUCUGAAGGUUCCUCCACUGGAUCUUCCUCAAAAGGGAAAGAUCGAGUCUAA